AUGGGCGAAACACCGUACGACACCCUCAAAUCUGCUCUUAUUGAACGUACUAUGGCCUCCGAACGACGCAGAUACCAACAAUUGCUGUCUGCUGAAGACCUGGGCGACCGCCGCCCAUCGCAGUUCCUACGACAUCUUCAAGGCUUGCUAGGCGACCGGGCCUCGUCCUUCGAUGAACGCUUACUCAAGGAAUUGUUCCUCCAGCGACUCCCUACCACCAUACAGAUGAUUCUUGCCACGGCCACCAACCUUUCGCUUUCGGAACUCUCCCUACACGCUGACAAGAUCAUGGAGGUGGCACCGCCGCCUGUUUGCGCCGUCGCCUCACACCACUCUGCCUCCCAGCACCAUCCAGCGGAAUCUAGCGUCCCCGCCGUUUCCCAGACCAUCCCUGCCUCUGAACUUUCACCCUUGAGGGCAGACAUUCAGUCCUUGGCGGAGGCAGUGGCUUCUUUGCGCCAGUUCCAGCCCGCCCCCGCUGCGUCCCACCGCCCCCCCUUCUCUCGCCGCGACGGAAGGCGCCCACGCUCCCGCUCGCCUCGUACGGACAACAGUCGCCGCAGGCAUCCGACACCUUCGCCAGUCCCUCCGAACCCGACCACCUUUUGCUGGUACCAUUGGUCGUUCGGGGCACACGCUCGUAACUGCACCCCACCCUGCACGUGGCCGGGAAACCAGCCUGGGGACCGCUAG